GAGGAAGAGCUGCCAUCCGGAUCCUGUGCCCAAAAUCUCAAUAGUCUGCUCUGUAGGCUGUACCACGCCAAGACCUUGAACCCCCUGAGGCUUAUCUUAUCUUAUCAUAACUUAUCUUGUCAUCACUCCACAGGGUCAUCCUACCCCGCCAUCUCUCACCCUCAUCUCAAUUCCCGUCUCACCCUCAUCCCAGAACCUCACAGAAUACCAACCAAUCACUAUGCGGUUAAUAAAAAAAUCAAUAGAGCGCGACAUGUCCGGCUUAGUAACUCUCUACCCCGAGGAGCCUGAGGAUAUGGUGCUACUCCCUCCCCCCGUCCCUAGCUUCACUGAAGAGAGCUAACGAAAAACAGUGGCACGCCUUCAACCUCAUCCGCCCAAACGAUAUCGUGAGAGCCCCCGCCGUCCGCCGGGUAACCACCGAGUCCCGCACCGGUUCGACAAAUAGCCAACGCGUGCACACGACCCUUACCGUAUCCGUACGGAAAAUCGACUUCGAUGCACAGGCCGGGCAGUUACAUAUCAACGGGCAGGUGACGGAGGAGAAUAAGAUUGUUAGCGUUGGCGCGUUUCACACCCUGGACUUGGAGCUACACCGGAAUUUUACUCUUAUUAAAAGCGAGUGGGACUCUGUUACGCUGGGGGUUGUCAAGGAGGCUUGUGAUGCCGGGGAAAGGGCAGAGAUUGGAGCUGUGGUUUUGCAGGAAGGUUUGUUUGUAGGGGAGGGAGGGGAGCUAUGGUUGGCUGAUUUGGGGGGGAAUAGGCUUUGCAAAUGUUUGCUUUAUUACGGAGUAUAUGACCGUUCUGCGGCAGAGGAUUGAGGUUCCGGUUCCAAGGAAGAGGGUUGGGUCAACGACUAGUUAUGAGAAAGUGAUUUUUACCCUCCCCAUCAUGUGUCUCCUUGCUAAGCGCGACCAGGGCCUCCAAAAAUUCUACGACAUAGUCUACCAAUCCAUCACCCGACAUUUCGACUUCAGCGCCCUAAAGGUCAUCCUCCUCGCCUCCCCGGGGUUUGUUGCCGACGGGCUAAAAGACUACAUAUUCCUAACCGCCCUGCAAACCGACUACAAACCCAUCCUCCAUUCAAAAAAGAAAUUCGUCACGGUCCACUGCUCAACAGGCCAUAUCCACUCCCUCAAUGAGGUACUAAAGUCGCCGGAAGUCGCCGCGACACUAGCAGAUACCAAAUUUGCCAAAGAGACGAAGGCGAUGGAAAAUUUCUUCGAGAUGAUGGAGAAAGACGAGUUUCGAGCAUGGUAUGGACCGAAGGAGGUCGAGAGAGCAGUGGAUAAAGGUGCUGUAGGAACGCUUCUGGUUAGCAAUAGUCUGUUUAGAAGUAACAAUGUCGCCGAAAGGAGGAAGUAUGUGCGGAUGGUGGAGGAGGUCAGAAAGGGCGGGGGUACGUCGUUGGUAUUGAGCAGUAUUCAUGAGAGUGGGGUAAGACUCGACGGGCUUGGUGGGAUAGCUGCCAUCUUAACCUUCCCACUGCACGACCUUGAUGAAAGUGAUACGGAGGAAGAGGAGACGGGAGGGGGGGACGAGAAGGGGAAAUGGGAGGAAAAAGUAGCAGCAUAGAAGAGGUUUAUAAUAAUGCCAUGUCCG